UGAAAUUAUUAUCUCCAGCCUGGAUCUCUGCCAACUUAGACUAUGUGAUUUUCUAGGCUUCUCAAGCUUAACACAUUCAAACCCAAGCUUCUGGUCUCCCCAUGAAACUCAAAUAGCAGCUUCAUCAUCCAGGCCAGCUUCCUUUUUUCUUUUGUCCCCUUUUGUUUCACACCUCACCUCACAAGUUUAUCAGCACAUCUUAUUUGACUCUCAUCUUUAAAACAUACAAAACACGAGACUUUUCCCCUUUUCUGCUGCUAUGACCCUAUUGCUUCCCAGCUGCCGCUCAUUUUCCCUGGGUGAUCCAGCCCCCUGCAUCCCUUGAGUUUUUUCUCAGUGGCCAGUGAUCUCCUGUAAACAGAAGUCAGAUCAUGCCUUUCUUUGCAACUCACAUCCCUGCUGAAGUGUCAUUCGAGUAACUUCAUUUCACUUGAGUAAAAGCCAGAGUCCUUUCCCUGACCCACAUGGCCUGCCAGAAUCCAGGUCUUCCUCCCUCUGCCCCUUCACCUCUGAACUUAACUCUGACCUCUCUCCCCCUUCUUGUGCUACUCGUUGAGUACGUCUUGAGUGUGCCUGGCUCAUUCCUGCUUCUGGACCUUGGCACUUCUUUCCCCUCUCAAGGAAUCACCUCCCUUCAUGUGUCCUUGGCUUCCUUUCUAAUACUCCUACUCAGGGUCAAAGUCCCCUCAGAGAGGCCUUCCCUGACCAUCCUGUUUAAAAUUGCAGUCCUGCCACACUGUCUGUCCUCUUUAAAUUUUCUACGGAAGAUCUCCUCUUAUUAGGUAUGGUGCCUUUUGUUGAUGAUCUGUCUCCACUGCUGAGCACAUAAGCUCAGGAUCAAGGCAGGGGCUUUUGUAUUGGGUUUUCUGCUGUUUACCAACACCCAGAGCAGUAAGUAGCACAUAGUAGGCGUUCAGUUGACAUUUGUUCACUGAGUAGAUGAAGCUUGUUGUAAAUCUGAAAUGUAGUCUAGAUUAGAUUUUCUUCCUUUUUUUUUUUAAAGUAUGUUAUAAUGUGUUUCCUGUUUCACUGAGUUGGGCAGUGAUUGACACAGACAUUUCCAAUGUUUUUGGCUUUCUUACUGGAGAAAAAUAGCUUUGGGGGCAGAGUGAGUGUGUUUCUUAAAUCUGUCUGUGUGCAUCAUCAGCAUGAGUGAGUAGAGGAGAAGUUGGUGCCUGUGAAGAAGAGUUGGAGACCCUGGCAGCACACGCAGCAGGAGUUCCUGUGCAGGUCAGAUAGGGUUGAGCUUUGUGAGAGCUGUGCUGGAAUCCUGCUUUGUGCUCACUGGCUGCGUGGCCUUGUGCAGAUGAUCUCUUCUGAGUUUUGUAGACUGUAAAGUGAGGAUGACAACUUCUGUCCAGUUCACUUCAUGAGUUGAAAGAAUCAAAUGAGGGACCUGCUCUGUAAACCUCAUGUUGCUCUAAUAAAGACGCUGUUGUUGUAUCAUCUACUUUGUAGAUCAUUUCUAGCAAAUUGAAGUGACAACUCUCCUUCUCAGUGCCAUCUGGUUCCUCUCUGGGUCCCUUUCUUCAGUUGUCACAUCGUGCAUUUUUGAAACGUUGGGGUUGUUGGAGUGGUUGGAUUUUCCCUGGAAUUGAGUGAGAAAUUCAGAAGACUGAAGCCCAGGCUUACUGUCUACCUUUCACGGAGGCCUAGCCGUGAGAGGACAGAAGAAGGCACGUGGCGAAUCAUGACAGCAGACAAAGACAAAGACAAAGACAAAGAGAAGGACCGGGACCGAGACCGGGACCGAGAGAGAGAGAAAAGAGACAAAGCGAGAGAGAGUGAGAAUUCAAGGCCACGGCGGAGCUGUACCUUGGAAGGAGGCGCCAAAAAUUAUGCCGAGAGUGAUCACAGUGAAGAUGAGGACAAUGACAACAAUAGUGCCACCGCAGAGGAGUCCACGAAGAAGAACAAGAAGAAACCACCGAAAAAAAAGUCUCGUUACGAAAGGACAGAUACUGGCGAGAUAACAUCCUACAUCACUGAAGAUGAUGUUGUCUACAGACCAGGAGACUGUGUGUAUAUCGAGAGUCGGAGGCCAAACACACCGUAUUUCAUCUGUAGCAUUCAAGACUUCAAACUGGUCCACAACUCCCAGGCCUGUUGCAGAUCUCCAACUCCUGCUUUGUGUGACCCCCCAGCAUGCUCUCUGCCGGUGGCAUCACAGCCACCACAGCAUCUUUCUGAAGCCGGGAGAGGGCCUGUAGGGAGUAAGAGGGACCAUCUCCUCAUGAACGUCAAAUGGUACUACCGUCAGUCUGAGGUUCCAGAUUCUGUGUAUCAGCAUUUGGUUCAGGAUCGACAUAAUGAAAAUGACUCUGGAAGAGAACUUGUCAUUACAGACCCAGUUAUUAAGAACCGAGAGCUCUUCAUUUCUGAUUACGUUGACACUUACCAUGCUGCUGCCCUUAGAGGGAAGUGUAACAUCUCCCAUUUUUCUGACAUAUUUGCUGCUAGAGAGUUUAAAGCCCGGGUGGAUUCAUUUUUCUACAUAUUAGGAUAUAACCCUGAGACAAGGAGGCUGAACAGUACCCAGGGGGAGAUUCGUGUUGGUCCUAGUCAUCAGGCCAAACUUCCAGAUUUGCAACCAUUUCCUUCUCCAGAUGGUGACACAGUGACCCAACAUGAGGAACUGGUCUGGAUGCCUGGAGUUAAUGACUGUGACCUCCUUAUGUACUUGAGAGCAGCAAGGAGCAUGGCGGCAUUUGCUGGGAUGUGUGACGGAGGCUCUACAGAAGAUGGCUGUGUCGCAGCUUCUCGGGAUGACACCACUCUGAAUGCACUGAAUACACUGCACGAAAGCGGUUAUGAUGCCGGCAAAGCCCUGCAGCGCCUGGUGAAGAAGCCCGUGCCCAAGCUCAUCGAGAAGUGCUGGACCGAGGAUGAAGUGAAACGCUUCGUUAAGGGACUCAGGCAGUACGGGAAGAACUUCUUCAGAAUUAGAAAGGAGCUGCUUCCCAAUAAGGAAACAGGGGAGCUGAUCACCUUCUAUUACUAUUGGAAGAAGACCCCCGAAGCCGCCAGUUCCCGGGCCCAUCGUAGGCACCGCAGGCAGGCCGUGUUCAGGAGGAUUAAGACUCGCACUGCAUCCACACCUGUCAACACACCCUCCAGACCCCCGUCCAGUGAAUUCCUGGACCUGAGUUCAGCCAGUGAGGAUGACUUUGACAGUGAGGACAGCGAGCAGGAGCUGAAGGGGUACGCCUGCCGCCACUGCUUCACCACCACCUCCAAAGAUUGGCACCACGGAGGCCGGGAGAACAUCCUGCUCUGCACCGACUGUCGCAUCCAUUUCAAGAAAUACGGUGAGCUCCCGCCCAUCGAGAAGCCCGUGGACCCGCCACCAUUUAUGUUCAAACCUGUCAAGGAAGAAGAUGAUGGGCUCAGUGGGAAGCAUAGCAUGAGGACACGGCGGAGUCGGGGCUCGAUGUCGACACUACGAAGUGGUCGGAAGAAGCAGCCAGCCAGCCCUGAUGGUCGCACCUCACCCAUCAAUGAAGACAUCCGCUCCAGCGGCCGGAACUCCCCCAGCGCUGCCAGCACCUCCAGCAAUGACAGUAAAGCAGAGACAGUGAAGAAGUCAGCCAAGAAGGUGAAGGAGGAAGCUUCUUCCCCUCUUAAGAGCACCAAACGCCAGCGGGAGAAGGUGGCCUCUGAUACGGAGGAGGCUGACAGGACCAGCUCCAAGAAGACAAAAACGCAGGAGAUCAGCCGACCCAACUCACCAUCUGAAGGUGAGGGAGAGAGUUCAGACAGUCGCAGCGUCAACGAUGAGGGCAGCAGUGACCCCAAAGACAUCGACCAGGACAAUCGCAGCACGUCCCCGAGCAUCCCCAGCCCCCAGGACAAUGAGAGUGACUCGGACUCAUCAGCCCAGCAGCAGAUGCUGCAGGCCCAGCCCCCAGCCUUGCAGGCUCCCACCGGGGUUGCCCCAGCUCCCUCUGCAGCUCCUCCAGGGACACCCCAGCUGCCCACGCCAGGGCCCAUGCCCUCUGCCACUGCAGUGCCCCCACAGGGUUCCCCCACGGCCUCCCAGGCCACUCACCAGCCGCAGGCUCCCACAGCACCUGCUCCCCACACCCACAUCCAACAGGCCCCUGCCCUGCACCCCCAACGUCUGCCCUCGCCGCAUACCCCGCUGCAGCCUCUGACUGGGUCUGCGGGCCAGCCCUCCGCACCCCCUCACGCCCAGCCCCCUCUGCAUGGUCAGGGUCCACCUGGCCCUCACAGCCUGCAGGCUGGGCCCCUGCUACAGCACCCAGGCCCCCCGCAGCCAUUUGGCCUCCCUCCCCAGGCUUCCCAAGCCCAGCCCUCUCUGGGGACCUCCCCGGCAGCAGCGCACCCUCACACCUCCCUGCAGCUGCCAGCCUCUCAGUCUGCGAUGCAGUCCCAACAGCCGCCACGGGAGCAGCCCCUGCCACCAGCACCCUUGGCCAUGCCCCACAUCAAGCCCCCACCCACCACUCCCAUCCCCCAGCUGCCGGCGCCGCAGGCCCACAAGCACCCUCCCCACCUCUCGGGGCCUUCACCCUUCUCCAUGAACGCCAACCUGCCACCCCCUCCAGCCCUGAAGCCCCUGAGCUCCCUGUCCACACACCACCCACCCUCGGCCCACCCCCCACCCCUGCAGCUCAUGCCUCAGAGCCAGCCAUUGCCCUCCUCCCCCGCCCAGCCCCCCGGGCUGACCCAGAGCCAGAGCCUGCCCCCACCUCCUGCCUCCCACCCCCCUACAGGCCUCCACCAGGUGGCCUCCCAGCCCCCAUUUGCUCAGCACCCCUUUGUCCCUGGGGGCCCUCCUCCUAUCACCCCUCCGACCUGCCCUUCCACCUCCACCCCACCGGCUGGACCUGGCACCUCGGCCCAGCCACCCUGCUCUGUUGCGGUGACUUCAGGAGGCAGCAUAGCGGGGGGGUCAUCCUGCCCACUCCCCACCGUCCAGAUCAAGGAGGAGGCCCUGGACGAUGCUGAGGAGCCCGAGAGCCCCCCUCCCCCUCCAAGGAGCCCAUCUCCUGAGCCCACUGUGGUGGACACCCCCAGCCACGCCAGCCAGUCUGCUAGGUUCUACAAACACCUGGACCGGGGCUACAACUCGUGUGCACGGACAGAUCUGUACUUCAUGCCUCUGGCUGGGUCCAAGCUGGCCAAGAAGAGGGAGGAGGCCAUCGAGAAGGCCAAGCGUGAGGCUGAGCAGAAAGCCCGAGAGGAGCGAGAGCGGGAGAAAGAAAAGGAGAAGGAGCGAGAGCGGGAGCGGGAGCGGGAGCGGGAGGCCGAGCGGGCGGCCAAGGCGUCCAGCUCAGCACACGAAGGCCGCCUCAGUGACCCCCAGCUCAGUGGUCCAGGCCACAUGCGGCCAUCCUUUGAGCCACCGCCAACCACCAUUGCUGCUGUGCCCCCCUACAUUGGGCCCGACACGCCGGCGCUUCGGACUCUGAGCGAGUACGCCAGGCCCCAUGUCAUGUCACCCACCAACCGCAACCACCCCUUCUACAUGCCCCUCAACCCCACGGACCCCCUGCUGGCCUACCACAUGCCCGGCCUCUACAACGUCGACCCCACCAUCCGCGAGCGCGAGCUCCGUGAGCGGGAGAUCCGGGAGCGGGAGAUCCGGGAGCGGGAGCUGAGGGAGAGGAUGAAGCCGGGCUUCGAAGUGAAGCCCCCAGAGCUGGACCCCCUGCACCCAGCCGCCAACCCCAUGGAGCACUUUGCCCGGCACAGCGCCCUCACCAUCCCCCCGACCGCCGGGCCCCACCCGUUUGCUUCUUUCCACCCGGGCCUGAACCCCUUGGAGAGGGAGAGACUGGCCCUGGCGGGCCCCCAGCUGCGGCCCGAGAUGAGCUACCCUGACAGACUGGCCGCUGAGCGCAUCCACGCAGAGCGCAUGGCGUCGCUGACCAGCGACCCCCUGGCCCGACUACAGAUGUUCAACGUGACUCCGCAUCAUCACCAGCACUCACACAUCCACUCCCACCUCCACCUCCACCAGCAGGACCCCCUCCACCAAGGUUCAGCGGGCCCCGUCCACCCACUGGUCGACCCUCUGACUGCCGGCCCUCACCUGGCUCGCUUCCCCUACCCCCCUGGCACUCUCCCCAACCCUCUGCUUGCACAGCCCCCCCACGAGCACGAGAUGCUUCGCCAUCCAGUUUUUGGCACCCCCUACCCUCGAGACCUGCCUGGGGCCAUCCCACCCCCCAUGUCAGCAGCCCACCAGCUGCAGGCCAUGCACGCCCAGUCGGCCGAGCUGCAGAGACUGGCCAUGGAGCAGCAGUGGCUGCACGGACACCCCCACAUGCAUGGUGGCCACCUACCAAGUCAGGAAGAUUACUACAGUCGACUGAAGAAAGAAGGUGACAAGCAGUUAUAAGUUAUUUAUUUCUUAACGCCGGCUGUGGAAACCCCAGUUCUUGGGGGGGAAACAGGACUUUUUACAUACAGUAGGAGCUGCAAAAGCAAAAAGAAUAUCUUCUAAAGAUUUCUUUAUAUAUUUAAAAACCACAACUGAAAAUGUACCCACAUAAUAGUGUUCGUUUGUCGAGAGGAUUUCCUGAGACUGGUUUGGAUCUCCCUGCAUGACAGUCCCCCAGAAACUUAGUGAGUCCUGGACUGGACUGAACAUUCAGAAAGCUUCCCUGCAAUCUUGGGGUUUGCUUUAGUUUCUUCUUGAUUUCUCCGUAGGUGCUAGAAUCCAGUUCCCACCCUUCACUGUGCGCUCGCAGACACACUCCGUGACGAGUGUCCAGAACUCGCAAGCUUUGCAGAUAGGUGGCAUAUGAAUUUGGAAUCCAAGAGCUAUAAUUUUUAAAAAAAAAUCUUUUAUUUUAAUACAUUGUAGGAAAUCUUCAUAAUUUGAGAAAGUUCUGCAGCAUGGCUUUUUACGUCUGUAAAUAAAUAAUUUUAGAACAGCCUUUUUUUUCUUCCAUAAACUACUAUUGUGAUCUAUUUUUUCCAGCCAUGUCACUAAUUGUGAAUUCCUACCAACUAUUGACAGAAUACAGAGUUGAUUUUUUAAUAAAAAGUUAUAUAUAAUUAUCCCUUUAAUUAAAGGGAGCAAAGGGGCGUUGCCCGUGGGCAGAGGCUUGGCCGAGGCCUGGUCACAGCAGUAAGCAUCCAGGGCUGGCGGGGGUGAAGUUUUGCCCCUUGUGUUUCACGUCUGUCUGCUCCUAGCCUGUGCUCUGCCAGCUCUGCAGACGUCUGUCCAUCAGACCUCUUCCAGUUUGCACAGGGAGUGCAGGCAGUGAAUGCUCGCUUUCUGUUCCCCGUGUCACUGUUCUGUUUCCACGGGAUGGAAAGCAUGUGGUCCUGUGUCCAUUGUAGAUUUCCUUCUAGAUUUCUAUGUACGCAUACUUGAUUGCUCUGGAUGAAUGCCUUUUUAAAUACUCUGAAAAUUUCAUAAUCUAAGAAAUUCAAGAAAAUGAUUCCAUACGAAUAACUCGGCACAUGAGCGACCCAGGACAUAUGCCUGCCAAAGGGAUCUGUUGGAAGGCUGCCCUUUCAUGCACAUUGUCAUCUAGAUCUUAUGGUGAGGAUGGCCCAUUCUUGCCACAGACCAAGGCUGCUUUUGAGCGAGGGAGACCCUGGAGUUAGACAGGUGUUGGGGGUGGCCUGCAUUUUCCCCCAGGAGUAGGUCUGCGUGGCGACCCAUGUUGCACUGGCAAACCACUGGAGUCCCACUCUUCAUCCUGGAAGUGGGAACUGGAGUCCCUUCCACAAAUGUGAGGUCAGAAAGCAGGCUUCCGCCUGCGGCACAGCUGCUUAGGAGGCCAGGCCCCUCCGAGCAGAACUGUCCUGGAGAGAGCCUGCCCUCCUCUCCAGGUCGCAGCCAUAAUGCACUUUCUCCCAGGCCAAGGAUGGGUGUUUUGGGGUGUCUGCCCUCUGUCAGCUCUGCUUCCUGCCAGGAUGUGGCCUUUUCCCAUCCUCUUAUCUCAGACAUUAGAUGGCUUUUCUGCCAUUGUUUGUGCUGGUCCCAUCCCAAGAAUUGUAGGGCAGAGAGACCACAGUAGGUCAGCAGACAGAAAGUCCAUCUAGGACCCAGGCCGCAGAGGAAGCAGGAAGAGAGGCUGAUAGUUUGAUCUAGAAACCAGCAGGUAUUAGCUCAAAUCCAGGUUCUGGAGUCAUAUAAGGGCAUUCCCAGUUUCUCUUAAAAACCAUGUUUGGUUUCAGUUGGGAAAGGAUUGUUCUAUCUAUUGAAAAUGUUUAUAGUUUAUUUUUCUUCUUUCCAUUUUUCUCUCAUUCCAUCUCUGCCUUAACUUUAGUUCCUUAGUGGGGAGGCAAGCUCACAUUAACCUUCUGUCAUCAGACUUCAGGCUGCAUUGGCUUGGAGGCAUUUAUUUCCUCGUGGGGUGGGACGGGGCCUCGUGGCAGGCUUGUUGGAGGCUCCCACUGGGGCCUCUUCCUGCUGGGCUCCCAGGCCCCUGCAUCCAUGCCCUCUCCUUCUCUCCUUUUGGGUUUUCUUGCUUGCUUGCUUUUCGGUGGAGCACAACAUCUACCAUUCAGUUAAACCUUCUUUGUCUCUUCCUCUGUCAUCUGUUUUUCCAAAGAAGAGAAAGAGUGGAGUACUCUGAGGUCUGUACUUGAAAGCUGUCCGAAGGUGUUCUCUUGUUAGGUUUGCAUUUCUCCCCAUAUCCCAAGGUGAAGCACUGAGAUUCUUCCAUUUAAAAACCUUGACCCGAAACCCUCACCAGAUCAAUUGCAAUUUCUCUGGGAGGCCCUGUGUCUUUGAAGCCCAGCCGCUCAGUUUCCUCUGGACUUUCCUCCCUUUGUUUGGGGUUUGGUUUGGCUCCUCUGUGUGUCCCCGUAUCUUGUUGAGUGUCGUUGAGGUUGAGCUUCACUCCACUGCGGCAGAGCCAGAGUGCACAUUCGGAUUUGCUACGUUUCUAUAUAUCUUGAAGCUAAAUGUAUAUAUGAGUAGUUUGCCAUGAGAUAACACAGUGUAAACAGAGUAGACACCCAGAAAUCGUGACUUCUGUGUUCUCUCCAUUUGAGUAUUUUGUAAUUUUUUUGAAAUAUUUGUGAACAUAAAUAAAACCAAGCUACACUACA